GUCGAGAAAGAGGAAAAUCUCUCCGUGAAAAACGCCGUGAGUACAAAGAAGAAAAGAAAGGGGCAACUGAGGAGCCAGAUGUCCCUGCUCCUUAUCAACCAUGGAUGCCUUCUGGUUACACGGCUUUCAAGGCCUUGAUGUCAGCCCGUCUCUGUGCUGCCAUCUGGAGUAACCUUUCGGAUUGUGAUGAAACCUACAAUUACUGGGAACCAGCUCACUAUCUCCUGUAUGGGAAAGGAUUCCAAACAUGGGAGUACUCCCCAAUCUAUGCCAUCAGGUCCUAUGCAUACCUGUGGCUCCAUGUUCUACCACUGAAGGUUUAUGUGGGCGCAUUUCUCCCUAAUAAGAUCUUGGUGUUCUACUUUAUGCGAUGCAUCUUAGGAUUUUCAUGUGCACUCUGUGAAGUUUACUUCUAUAAAGGGGUGUGUCGUCAAUUCGGAGCCAACACCGGGCGCCUAGCUCUAUGCAUUCUCCUCCUGAGCACCGGGAUGUUCAUCUCCUGUUCUGCGUUCCUCCCCAGCAGCUUUGCCAUGUACAUGACCAUGCUCGCCAUGGGAGGCUGGUUCCUAAACCAUACGUGGGCGGCCAUUCUGGCUGUCGCAGCAAGCACCAUCAUUGGCUGGCCGUUUGCCGGCAUUAUUGGAGUGCCGAUUGCAAUUGACAUUAUCUGGAGGCAGAAAAAUGUGUUUUAUUUCAUCCAGUGGUGUGCCAUUGCCAUCUUCUUGUUUUUGCUUCCAGUCACCAUCAUAGACAGCCAGCUCUAUGGUAAAAUAGUCAUUGCACCACUGAAUAUAGUCUUAUACAACAUCUUUAGUGAUCAUGGUCCCAACAUCUAUGGUGUGGAAUCCUGGACGUUCUACUUCAUGAAUGGCUUCCUCAACUUUAACAUUAUCUUCAUCUUUGCCUUGAUAUCAUUGCCAGUUAUAUAUGGUGCUAAAUAUGUGUUGAACCUCAAAGAGAAAGGUCUACCGGUCUAUCUUGCACUCUCCGGCAUGUACUUAUGGAUGUUAAUCUUCUUCACGAGGCCACAUAAGGAGGAACGUUUUCUCUUCCCCAUCUACCCCCUGAUUGGUAUGGCUGGUGCUUUAACCGUUGAUUACAUUCAGAAAAUGUACUGCUACCUUCUCAUAAGACGUCCAGUAUUUACACAUUAUACAGACUAUACCAGCUGGAUGUCCGUACUGGUGGCUGGACUGUUUGCAAUUAUCUCGGUAUCUAGGACACUAGCUCUGUAUAGAGGUUACCAUGCUCCCCUCGAUACGUACCUGGAGCUGCAUAGAAUAGCCAACAACGACAGAAUCCACACGCUACCCUCGGACAAGACGGUCAAUGUCUGUGUUGGGAAAGAAUGGUACCGGUUUCCAAGCAGCUUCUUCCUUAAUAAUGAAAACUGGAAUCUACAGUUCCUGCAAUCAGAGUUCAAAGGUCAAUUACCAAAACAGUAUGGAAAAGGCCCUGAUGCUACAAAAGUUAUUCCAUCGCAUAUGAACGACCUUAAUUUAGAGGAGCCUUCUCGAUAUUUCGAUGUGAACAAAUGCCACUACUUAAUAGACCUUGAUGCGUCGGAAGAAACGGCCAGGGAGCCGCGUUACGUGAUGAAUACAACCAACUGGAAGGUUUUGGCAUCUUCACACUUUAUGGACGCAUCCAGGUCACAUCAGUUCUUCCGAGCAUUCUAUAUCCCACUUCUGACAGACAGAUACUGCACCUACACUAGUUACAAUAUAUUAAAAACAACAAGGACGAAGUCCAAGAAGAAAGCAAGGUCUAAAUCAUGAUGAGGAUUUAGUUUUUAGUUUAUAGGAAAUUUUAAAAAUCGAAACUCUUCAUAAAUGGAUAACACAUUUCCAGGUCCCCAAUGCAAGCAAAAGAUUUUUUGCUCAAUUUUUUUAGGGUACGUAUCAAUAACCUUAAGUUCUUUAACAGUACGUUGAACGCAUCCUGGCAAAGGCCCUGCCCAGAGGUGGACCAUUUGGAAAGCCCUGUUGGCUGUACCAGUACAGCGUGUUCUCUGAUCCAUUUUCUCAAUUCAAUUUUCUAAAAUGUGACCUGCCAUGACGAAACAAGUCGCACGUCGCUCCGAUCUUGACAAGUUGAGACGGACUGGUUGUUCAUUUCACUGUUGUCUGCCUUUUGUGACAUCUGAGAACAUCAAUUUCUUCUAUUAUUAUGUCCUGGUGUCAUUUUAGGCUUAUCUUCUGUGCGACAUGCGACUCAUUUUGUCGUGGUGGGUUCCAAAUAUGAGGACAAAUCAUGUAAUAAUCCAUUCGUGUUGUGAGUUUUCAGGUUGAAAUUAAAACCAUUUAUUUUUCUAUGCAUGCUGCUACUGCCAAAUCGGGCCUUUUAGUUACAUAGUUAUCCGGAUUAAUUUGGCCAAAUUAGGAGUUUGUGGUCCCUAAAGGCUGAAAAAAAAACAUAUGCAGUCCUGAAAGUAAAAGUUUUUUGUCAUAAAUGCCUGUUAUCUGAUGACUGGUCAAAGGACGAUACAAGACAAUUCACCCAAAUUUGCCAAAGCAAAAGUACCCAUAUCAUUUUAAAAAUAGAAGCAGUAACUAAACUUAUGCAACUGAAAGGCCUGCAAAUUCUUCUCAAUAUUCCUGAGCAAACCUUUUAUCAAGCAUGUAUUGAAUAUUGUCAAAAACAUACAUUUCAAAAAUUCACCAUGUUUUCUCCCAGACAUUCCAUAUAAUCUCCGUAUAGGCCUAACCAUUGAGUGUGCUUUUUGGUCUUCUCUUCUCUCCUUGGCAGGCUUGCGUACUUGCUAUAGCCUACAUUGUGAAACACCUUUAUACUUCAUUUUGCACCAAGUAUUGUUAUGUGGCUCUGCAUUUGACCUACAUGUACGUGUAAUAUCUUGGAGGGGUCCAAAUAUUCAUGCUGCCAAAAUUUCAUGAGUUAAAACUAGUUAAAGUCGGCUUGGCUAAUGACCAGGCCACGGACGGAGCCCUGCUAGUCUAAAUAAAGAUUUUGUGCCCUGACUGGAUCUCUUUAACUGAACUUAUCUCAUAGUCAUGGAAAUAUUAUAUUUCUUCCCCAUUUGGUGAACUUCAUCAGUACAAUCAGCCAGCCAGAGGCCACCAGAUGACCAUGCAAAAUAUUUACUCCUGAUAGAUUCUGUCUGUUUGUGAUUAACCUCUUGAAUCUUGGUGACCGACCAGUCGGUCAUUUUGAAGUAAUGUUUUUUCCCAACGACCGAUAGGUCGGUCUCGGUGGUGUGGUGAAUUGCGGUCCCUCCCGUUGAUCCCAGAUUCCGACCAGGGAGUUAUAAGGCUUAGUGAUGAUGGGCUAAAGAAUCGUGCAUAAACUGAACUGUACACGUUGAAUACUUUCUCAUAACUGCUAACUUUAUUCCUCACAAAGCAAAAUGUUAUAUGGUUCAUGAACUUUCAUGUCCGGGAGAAGUGAAGGUAUUUUGUGACAAACUCAACUUGAGGUGAUGGAUGACCAUCGUAAAACUGCCUAAGCAAAAGCCUAGAGAUUGGAAACAGAUGUGUUGCUGAGGCUUGAAAUUACCGACACUCCUCGCGGCCCGAGAAAGUUCAUGUCUAAAUCUGUGUCAAAAUGAAAACAUGCACCUAAUUAUCUCAAAUUCUAAACUGCGGUUACUUGACUCUUCUGACGUAAUGACCUUAUAAAUAAAGGUGCUGAACUCGACUGCUGACCUCAACCUCAAAUCUUAUACUGAUAUUAUAUAACCAACUUGUCAUUAUCUUCUGUUCAACUACUCAUACUGUAAACUCCCAAUUGAGUGGAUAUAAAAGUUAUGGUAAAAUAUAGAACUAUUCAAUUCCAUGAAUAUAACUAAAUCUCAAAUUCUCGUGUAUUUAAGACACCAUUGUCAUGAUUGUGAUAGAUCUGUACUGAUCUACAAUUUAGUCCAAAGUGUUCAUAAUGCGUAAUUGUUCUUUGAUAUUUGCUCUGGCACGUGAUGCGGCGGAACGUUUAGGACGUUCUGUUGUCUCAGUGUUCUUUUCUAGGUCUACUUUUCUCUGACCUUCAAAGUUUUCUUCAACAUUGAGUUCUAAAGGGUACAAUUUUGCUAUUGCACGGUGAGAAGUUCCACGGGUGGAACGCACUUCAGCUGAACGUGUAAGUCCAUCUGGGCCUGGAUGUAAUACAGUUAUUACACCGAGUUUCCAUGCGCAUCUGCGCUCGUCUUUAUCAUGGAUGAUAACCACGUCACCAACUUUGACAACGUCGGCUUUGAUGUUCUGUUUCCUUAUUUCGUGUUGGUGUCUCUCUCGUAACGUAGCCAGGUAUUCGUCGUAGAAUCUCUUGCGAAAUGCCUCUAGAAGUUGUGCCCUUCGGAAAGCGAUUUUCUCUAAGUGUGCCUUACCACGAUAUGUCAUAUCAAAUAGUUCACCUUCGUCGAUGUCAUGAUAAGGGAAAGUUGAAAGUUCGUGUCCAUGAAUCAAAUGGUUCGGAGUGAUUGCUUUGAGGUCAUUAGGGUCAGCGGAUAGGUACGUUAGUGGGCGAUUGUUUACAACUAACUGUACUUCUUUAAUAAGAGUUUGUAGCUCAUCCAUGGAUACGAGUGAAUUUCUUAGAGUUUUCUUUAUCGCGAGUUUGGUUACCCCUAUUAGUCGUUCAUGAACUCCUGCAAACCAACUGGCUUGUACAGGUGCAUAUUUGAAUCUAAUUCCUUUUUCUGCGAAAUGUUUCUGACACUGUUCAUUGUUGACACUUUGAUACAGUCUUUUGAGUGUUCUGGCAUUAUCGCAAUAUAUUAGCAUGGGGACUGAGUAUGACGAUGAAAAUCGGCGGAAUGCGCGGAGAAAUGCUUCGCACGUAAGAUCUGGAGUUAUCUCAAGGUGCACCGCGCAUGUGGUGCAACAUGUGAAAAGACAAACAUAUGCCUUUUUCGUGAAGUUUUUUCCCAAAUUGUCCGUAAUCCUGACGUAAAGAUGAGAAGUAAAAUCAACUGCUGUUGAUUUGAAUGCUUUCAGAUCAUUUAUCCUAAAGUCUGGUAAGGGUGGAGCUAUGGGGGUGAGGUAAGGUCUCCCUGCUACUAUCUUACAGGUGACGCAACGAUUCAGAACUUUCUUUACGGCUGACCGCAUGGAUGUCAGCCAGUAUUUCUCACAUAAACGCGACAUUGUAAUUCCGACCCCAUAGUGUACUACUGAUUGAUGAACAUGUCUGAUGAGCAGGGUUGAAAUGUAUGUAUGUCCUGGCAAUAGGAUAGGAAACUUUCGGUCUGUGUUAAUGUCCGCAUUGAUAAGCCUCCCGCCGCAGCGAAUAAUACCCUGUUUGUCGAGAAUGAGGCCCAGUUGAUUUAUGAUUGAUGGUUUCUUGGGCAGUCGCUUACUUUUAGCUUUCUCGGCAUCAAGAUAUUGACCUACUUCCGGGUAGGCUGCUUGCUGAGUCUGGGCUAUCCAAACGUUUUCGGCUUUAUUGAUGUCCUCAGCCGUCAGAUCACAUUUCCGAUUACUUAGUCCUGAUCUGAAGGCGCGUGUUACUAGAGCGGUGACUCGUAGUAGUUUGUCAUAUGAACUGAAAUUGUUAAUGUCAAUUAACUUGCUUAUGUCCGGGCUGGCCGGUUUGAACUCAUUUUGCAUUUCGACACAUGCUGUGAGUGUUGUGAGAGAUGAUGGAUUUAAAUCCGAUACUUUGACUAGUGGCCAAGCUGAGUCUGGCUUUUUGAGCCAAUCUGGUCCGUUCAACCAAUUUGAAUUCCUCAAUUCGGUAAUGUUUGCUCCUCGCGAGAGUAUAUCGGCGGUAUUCUGAUCGGUACUGACGUGAUACCACUUACAAAUGUCUGAGUUUUCACGAAUGCUUGUGGUUUUGAACGAAUGGUUUCAACUUUUUGAUUGAUUGUAGCCAGUACAAGGCAAUUUCAGAGUCUGUAGCGUAAGUCAUCCUGACUUCCGGGUAUUCCUUAAUGUAUGUUUCUUGUAGUGUCUUCCCGUACUGUGCCCCCAUCACCAUGGCCAUUAGUUCUAGUUUAGGUACAGUAAGGUUAGUGUUCUUCUGUGAAACAACUUUGUUUUUUGACCCAAUUAAGGUCACGUGUUGGUCUUGUUUUACGAAUGCAACACAUCUGAUUGCUGAUUUUGGACACGCGUCACAGAAAAUGAUUGUCUGUAAUGGUUUGCUGUUGUCGCCUCCGAGCCAGCAUGGAAAGUGUACGGUGUGUACCAAAUUCAAGGAUGCCUGAAUAUCCUGCCAAAGCUGAGUGUCCUCCUGCGAGAGUUGAUCAUGCCAUCCUUUGUUAUUUUGCCAUAACCUGUUUACGUAAGCCUUGGCGGGUACUAUCAGAGGGCUGAGAAGCCCGAGUGGAUCAAAAACUGAUGCUGUCUGGGAGGUUACAACACGCUUAGUAAGAGGUUGUUGUGAUCCAUUGACUUUUUUGGCAAUGUUUAUGGUGUCUGCACUUGUGUCCCAUUUAAGUCCCAGUAUAUUAACAAUCUCGGAACCUGUGUGUAACUCAUCAGACUUGGCCUGUUCAUUCAAAACAGGGGCAUUGCUAGACCAUUGGCGAAGGGUGAAUGACCCGUCAUUCAUGAACUUAUUGGAGUCUCUGUAAUAUUCCAUUGCUUCUGGAACUGUGUCUACUCCUGUGAGCAGAUUAUCCGCAUACAUUUUCUCAAGCAUAUCCUUUGCAAUAGGUGAAUCAUAGGCACUGAGGUGCUUAUACAGAGUUAUGGCUAGAGCAAAAGGACUGGAUACGUUGCCGAAAAUGACGGUGUUGCAAUGAUAUGGCACAAUGUCUUUUGUGACGUCAUUGUCGCGAUACCACAAGAAUUUGACGUAUUUUCGGUCUGAUUCUAGCAAUCGUACCGAAAGAAAGGCCCUGGCAAUAUCUGCAGAUAGUCCGAUUCGUUUUGUGCGAAAUUUCAACAAAAGAUUUGUCAGAUCAUGUAGCAUGUUCGGUCCCUCAUAAAGGCAUGAAUUGAGGGAUGGUGAUCCGCUACUAGCGUCGAAAACAAUCCUUAGUGGGGUAGUUGUGCUGUCACGUAACACUGGAAAAUGUGGCAGAAAGUAACCAUCUGUAUCUGCUUGUUGAUGUUCAGGAAUUUCUGAGACAUUCUCUUUGGCAAUGUUCUCAUGCAUGACUUUUACAUAUGCAUCAACUAGUUGUAAUUUUUUCAGCCUACCCAUGACUUGUUGUAUCCUUGUUUGACAGUUGUUGAAAUUGUUUGGUAACUCUGGGUGAUCUGGUCUCCAUGGGAGCGGGACGUAGUAUUUUCCUUCUUUGAAUUGGACAUUUUUGAGAUAUGCUUGUUUGAAAUUUCCUUCAAAUUCUCGAACGCUCACAUCGUUGUUUGAAACUAUGUUAUUUCUCAAAUACUCUUCAAGUAUGUUGAUUUCAUUGUCAUUGUCAUUAUUGGGAUUUGUUUCACUGGAACUGGCGGUGGCAACAUGGACCUGUUUCACAUGUAAUGGUCCCGAAACGAAACAACCUAAGUUUGAAAAUUGAACCAUGGGCCCGUGGCCCUUAACCCUUUCGCUGCGGCAGGCUUUUUUCGACGUGUACCGCCCCGUGCGGGAGCAUUUUCGGCAAAAAUGGGAAAAAAUGAAAUUUUUCAGAACCAUUUUUUUUCGACUUUCUAUGGUCUAUUGUGAUGCCCCAUGAUGU